AUGAUCUCCUUUCUUCAUAUGGGAGGACUAUUCCGAGUUGAGCAUUGGCGAGGAGAUGUAACACUUGCAUCCUUUUUUGGAAUUUCUUUGACCUGUCCUCUCCCACCACCACCUAUUAUGGUUGUUUGGCGCACUCCACCAGUGGGAUCCUUCAAGAUCAACACUGAUGGAUGCGUCAAAGAUGGAUUUGCAAGUGCUGAGCUCAGAGCCAUACUAGAUGGGCUUCUAUUGGCCAGAGGACUUGGGAUAUCAGCUAUCUGGCUUGAGGCAGAUUCAACAUUGGCUAUUCACUGCAUAACCAAAGGUGGAGGACCAUGGUCGAUUCAGGGUAUUCUCAGACAGAUCAGAGACUUCAUUUGCCUCGAUAGAGACACAGUUUCUCACAUCUACAGAGAGGGUAACCAGGUUGCAGAUUCUCUUGCUUCAGAAGGCUGGGAUCACCAGCGCUACCAAGAAUAUGGACCACUUGACCUGCCUCGACAGAUUAGGGCAUUGGUACAAAUCGACAGAUAUGGAUUGCCCAGCUUUAGAGGUUUGUAG